GAUAUACUGGAAGGAGUUAAAGACAGUCCAAUCACAGGAGGGCGAUUACUGUUAAAGUCAGGCAUCUUCACUGGUCAUUACACUACACCACAGGUCAGUGGUUGAGACCAAUCCGGGAUUGCCAACCAGCAUCCUCUAAGUCAGGCCCCUAAUCACCAGCACACAAAGUCAGCAGUCUAACCCACUCAGCCAUCGCACAAGAUAUUCUGAACGAUAUAGAAACAGGUGUUCGUGAAAAGGGUAAGUAUGUUCUGCACUACCGGUAGCAUCGGCCAGUCACAAAAUUUGCCCAAAUAAGUAUCAUUUACAGCCCGACGCCGCUCAACAGUACUCCUCUCAUGCGACAGCGACCUGUAAACAUAGCAGACAAUCAAGUGAUCGGUACAUCAGACAAUCCUGUGAUUAAGUUGUGUAGGUCAGGGAUUCUGCAGCUUACAAGUAAAGAUAAACGUUUUAGAAACAGAUUUGGAAUAACGAACCCGCUGCUAACGUCAGGCUGCCCAGAAAGGCACGGCUAAUUUUAACAAAGGGUUCCCCGGCGAGCUAGCAGACCUGAGAACAGAUACAGUUGUUGGGUCAGGGAAGGAGAUCUUGCCAGCACCAGCUACGAGGACCACAUACGGACCAUUCCCAUUCAGCUGCUCUAAUAUCUGACGGGUUUUAACGUUGGCAAAACCCAGGAGAAGCACGUCAAGGCACUCCUUGUUAUAAACAUGAACGCCCUCUGUAUACUCGUCAGCACGUGUCUAUCCCUCAGUUUGGGACAGGAUGAAAUCGUGGACCUCACUCAUACAUUCGGGAAGAAGACGAUCUACUGGCCGGGAAAUCCACCGUUUAACUUUUCCAACGUCUUCCGACUACCAGGAACCCCCGGAUAUAUAGCGGAAGCCAAUGCCUUCGAGACAGCCGAGCACAGUGGGACUCACAUGGAUGCUCCAAGACACUUUUGUCCAGAAGGAAAACGUAUGCAUGAGCUGGUCAUGGAUCGGUUGUCGGGGCCUGGGGUCGUCAUCGACGUCAGGAAACAGUCAGAAGCCAAUUCUGAUUUCCAAGUCACCGAGCAGACUUUCAGAGAUUGGGAGGAAGAACAUGGCACCAUUCCAGACGGAGCUAUCGUACUUUUCAACUUUGGCUGGGACAAGUUUUGGCCCAAUAGAAAGCAGGUCUUCAAUACCGAUGAUGUCAUGAAUCCAUCCACGUUCCACUAUCCUGGGCUGAGUCCUGAGGGGGCAAAAUGGCUGACGAGCAACCGCAAAGUACACGCGGUUGGGGGUGAUACUCCAUCUACCGACUAUGGUCAAUCCAGUUUAUUCGAGACACACGUGAUCUUGUUGUGUGAUAAUGAGAUCGUUAUCCUGGAGAAUGUAGCAAAUCUAAACAGUAUGGCAGCUACUGGAACAAAGGUAUACAUUGGCGCCCUGAAGCUGGAGAAUGGCAGUGGAACACCAGUCAGACUAUUCGCUGUUCCUAUGUCAAGUGCCUCUGUGACCAGGUGUUCUAUGUUGCUGUUGGCAUUGACUCUCAUCUUGAAAGCAUUGUUUUAGUCAGAACAGCAAUUCGCCAUACAUAUACCUGACAUCGUUCACCCUUCCAUGGAAGCUAGGUUUAGUAGUUACAAUCAGUGGCCAUUUGCAUUUGAUUACUGACUGUAGAAACUCUAUACUCAAAGUGUUUGCUUUGUCUAGUAUCUAGCGUUAACAUAUAGCUCAAUCGUCUUUGGAUUCAUGGCAACAGUUAACUUUUGUAAAGCGUAGAAUGAACAACGUUCCUUAAAACGCCAUUACGGUUAACAUGUAUACAAAUAAACCAUCCGAAAAUUGA